AACAUCAUGCAUCAUGUUUGUGAUACGGGGAGUUCAUUCACACCAUCCUGUUUUGAGUCUAAGCACCUUUGGUCUCUCUCAUAUAAUACUGCCAAGAUCAUAAAGCAAGCAAGAUGGCGAGAAAUCAAGAAAAGGCCCAAUCGAUGCUAUUCCGAUUUCGGGAGGCUCAGGCCAUCGAGAUGGGAGUAGCUCGGCCCAAGACCGAUCGGAGGCCGCGGAUGGCCUCGACCGUCUCGUCUUUGAAGGACUGUGAGCGAUGGAGAGGAGAGAUCGUCCGGGAUAUUAGCAGAAAGGUUUCCAAGAUCCAGGAUGUUGGCUUGACCGAUUAUGAGAUUCGAGACUUGAACGACGAGAUCAACAAGCUUAUGCGGGAGAAGGGACACUGGGAGCGUCAGAUCGUCACGCUAGGAGGGGCCAACUAUCGAAGAGCUAGGACGGCGAUGGUGGAUGACGAGGGCAGGGAGGUGCCGGGGACACGGGGAUACAAAUACUUUGGACGAGCAAAAGAUUUGCCCGGAGUCAAGGAGCUAUUCCAGCGUGGUGCCGUGCAAGAGACCGAAGAGUCGGCACGACACACAGCCUUUCAAAAGUUCAGGAAUCAGGGAGCCGAUUAUUACGGAGAUGUCGAUGAGAUGGAUCAGGAGCUCGUAAAAGAGGAAGAGGCGAUGGAACGCCAAGAUUGGGACUCGGCCUGUGCGAGGUUGGUGGAUGCACUCGAGCUACCAGAAGAUACCACAGUGCCACCCUUUCCCAAAGCGAAUGCACCAGCCGCGGCGGCUUCGAGCACGAACGCACAAAAGCGUAAAGCUGCCGACGAGGACGUGGAGAUGGCCGGAACAUCAACUGAGGGCGAGGGGGAUAAGCGGGCGAAGCUUGACGGCCAAAGCGUGGAGGAAGGAAGCGAUUCGCAAGGAAAUACGGACGCUUCGACGGCCGCGGCGUUGGCUUCGUUCUUCGGCGUGUUGGAUCAAGCAAGCAUGGAACCUCCAAAACAGCCGAACAAGGAGGAACUCGAAGCUAUCUUGUUGGACGUUCGGAAGAGGUCGUUGUUGGCUGAAUAUGGUGUAUGAUCGGUUGACGGUGGAUACAGUAAUAUAUCGAAGAGAUUAUGCGUUGGGCUUGUG